CGAUAGAAAACGGGCAGCUAUGCCGCGCGCUGCAGAAAACGGGCUGGACGCGUCCGCUUGGAACAACGGCCGGUGUACCGGAGGACUGACCCGGGGACUGCGGGACCGGGAGGCUGCUGACAGGCGCUAACAGCUAACGUUUCCCCGGGGAUAAGCUCCUCCUGAGACGGCGGAGAAAGCGGCAGACUCCGCUCCGUCUUCCGCCUCCCUCUCCUCUUGUCCGCCUGAGAGACACCGAGUCACAAGCGAUGUUGCAACUAAACGUCUAGGAUUUGUCCCCGUCGUCCGUUAGCGAGCAGAGAGCGUAAACAGAAGCCCACAGAGACAGUAAGCGACCGCCGCGGCUCCACGAUGCCUUCGCUGGCGCUCCGCAACAGGAGGUGCGUUCACGGCGGCUGUGUGGGGACGCUGUGUUUGCAGCUGCUGCUGUGGAUUUUAUGUGCCGUGAACGGAGAGGAGCAGCCGUUCAGUGUGGAGGCGUGGCUCCAGAGGUACGGCUACCUCCCUGCUGCAGACCCCAGAAUGUCAGUGCUGCGUUCUGCCCGAGUCAUGCAGUCCGCUAUCGCUGCCAUGCAGCGCCGCUACGGCCUCAAUGUCACAGGAGCUCUGGACGGAAACACUAUAGACGAUAACACGAUAAGGUGGAUGAAGAAGCCCAGGUGUGGGGUUCCUGACCAGAUAGGGGGUGCGUCCAGAUUCAGUGUGAGGAAACGGCGGUACGCCCUCACUGGACAGAAGUGGCAGCACAAACAUAUCACAUACAGUAUAAAGAACGUGACGCCCAAGGUGGGUGCUGAGGAGACCCACGAUGCCAUUCGGCGAGCCUUUGACGUUUGGCAAAACGUGACGCCGCUGCGCUUUGAGGCUGUGCCCUACAGCGAGCUGGAGAGGACCAAGAAGGACGUGGACAUCACCAUCAUCUUCGCUUCGGGUUUCCACGGCGACAGCUCGCCAUUUGAUGGCGAGGGUGGUUUCCUGGCUCAUGCCUACUUCCCUGGGCCGGGAAUAGGAGGCGACACGCACUUUGACUCAGAUGAGCCGUGGACGCUGGGAAACCCCAACCAUGACGGUAAGCAUCGAUCGAUAGUGUUAUCUGAACCCCACCUGAACCUGAACCUGAACCUGAACUGA